GUGUGUUUCUCGUUUCUAACCACUUUCGACUUUCUUCAAAUCGUUAUUAUUUUUCGCCAAAUACCUUCCAGAGGCUUAUUGUCCAUCUAAUACGCACAAUUGAUCCGUAACACCAAGUAUUACAUUCGUGAUACCACCAUUGCUUGCUUAAGCUUUCGUCUCCAGCCAAGGCUAGCCUAGCCAUUCGAGACAACCCUGCUCUCCCCCUGCCGUCCCCUGUAAUAGUAGCAUCGCAGCGAAAAGAGAGCUCGAGAUGGCAUUUCCCGGCGGUAGUGUGAGCCUGCCUCAACAAAACCAGACUAUAAGUGAUUUUGAGCAAUCUCAAUCACAAACAGAGCAGCAGCACCAGCAGCAACAUUCACGACAGACAUUCGGCAGCAAUGAUCUAAAAUCGACUUUCGCCUCGCCCCGGGUUCCGGCCGCGAAUCCUCCUCUUGAAGUAGACCGCCAGUCUUCGGCCUCAACACAAGGGCAAGGUCCUCAUUCAUGGCAAGAUUCUCCUGCCAGCAAUCAGGCAGAAGGAUUAGCGUCACCAAUAAGCUCCGUCAUCUCACCACACAACUACACAAACUCACCGAAACUCCCACCGAUUGAUCCUCUGAUUUUCCAUUCCGCAAGUGAAACGAAACCGUCUUUACCAAUCGAGGCGAUAGAAUCUCCAAAGCGACGCAGGGGACGACCGAGGAUUUCCGAGGAUGAUGGGCCAGACGUUGUCGCGCCAAAGACAGGCACGGAAGCACGGCAGAAAGGCAGCACCCGACGAGCCUCAAACACAUCAACGAGCGGCGCCAUCGACACAGGGGACAAACGCAGCGGCGCCGAAGCCAAGAAGAACAAGAUCCGCGCACGGAAUCGGGAGGCAGCUUACAAGUGCAGAAAGAAGAAGCAAAAGGGAGUCGAGGAGCUACAAACCCAGGAGGCGAUGGCCGAAAACAUCAACAAGAACCUCAACGACGAGGCUGCGUUGCUUCGAGGUGAGAUCCUCAUGUUGAAGACCAUGGUGCUCCAACACGGCAGCUGUGGGUGCUCUUUUAUCGAGGAGUACAUAUCCGGCGCGGCGCAGAACUUGGUGUCAUCGAGCAUGGCCGGGGGCACUUCGGCAUCGGCGUCCGGCGGAGGAGGGAUACAAAUGGAUACCCAACCAUGUCCAGAUGGUGCGAAUGAAGGGGAGUCUUACAUCGACUGGAAGAUGUUCGACGCAGAUACAGAACAAGGAAUCCCCUCGAUGGGCACAGAACAUAGCUUAGAGCUCCGCUCUUGACGACAUCACCGCCCAGUGCGCGAGGGUAUAGGUCCGGAUGGAGGAAGUCGCGAUCAGGAUGUAUUGGGGCAGGUCAGAUUACACGGAAAAGGCGUUCGGGACGAGGUAGAAAAAAGGCUGUUUGCUCAGGUGAUCACAAGCCGAAGGCGGGAUGAGAAUAGGAUACCCAACGUACCUCAGCUUGGAAGACCGUUACUGGUACAUGUAUUUGACGC